GGAGGGUCAGGGGCGAGCGCGGUCCCCGGCGACCCGGGCCUUGGGAAGGCUCCGCUUCCUUUGCAGUCGUCGCCCCGUGCUGACCCCACUCUCUGCGCCCCUCCUGGGGCCGCCCUGCCUAGUGGAUUUCGGAAGACCAUGAAACGGUGGGGCACGCCCCUUCAGAAGCUGUUGUUCAAGACAAUCUAGUUUUGUUUUCAUAAAUCUCAGAAGUCACUUAUGAAGUUUCUUGUUCAAAAAUUGCCUCAUUGCAAUGAAGAAAAGGAGAAAGGUUACUUCAAGUCUUGACGAGAAGAUCCAUCUAGGCUAUCAUAAAGAUUCUUCAGAGGAAAAUGCUGCUGUAGAGUGUGGCCAAGUGACCUAUUCUCAGUCUACAGAAAGACCUACCCCUGAAGCGCUUCAGUGUUGCCAAGAACUUCCUCCCUCCCCAGAUCAGAGAAAGCUUUUGAGUUCUUUGCAGUAUAAUAAGAAUUUGCUGAAGUAUUUGAACGAUGACAGGCAGAAGCAGCCGUCUUUCUGUGACUUACUGAUCAUAGUGGAAGGAAAGGAAUUUAGUGCGCAUAAAGUAGUAGUUGCCGUUGGUAGUAGUUAUUUUCAUGCGUGUUUGAGCAAAAAUCCAAGCACUGAUGUUGUCACCCUGGAUCACGUAACGCAUUCAGUUUUUCAGCAUUUGCUUGAGUUUCUUUACACAUCCGAGUUUUUUGUGUACAAAUACGAAAUACCUCUUGUUUUAGAGGCUGCAAAAUUUUUGGACAUCAUAGAUGCAGUAAAGCUGCUGAAUAAUGAAAAUGUUGCUUCGUUUCAGGCAGAACUAACUGAAAAGUCAUCACCAGAAGAAACACUAAAUGAAUUAACUGGAAGGCUAUCAAAUAAUCAUCAGUGCAAAUUUUGUAGUAGGCAUUUCUGCUAUAAAAAGUCCUUAGAGAAUCAUUUAGCUAAAACUCACAGGUCUCUGUUACUGGGGAAAAAACAUGGGUUAAAAAUGCUGGAGCGAAGUUUUUCUACCCGGAGGUCAAAGAGGAAUCGGAAGUGUCCUGUUAAGUUUGAGGACACCAGUGAUGAUGAACAGGAAAGUGGUGAUGGGUCAGACAAUUUGCAUCAAGAAAGUUUUGAUAAGGAGAGGUCAGAUAGAAAUGAUUCUGAGGAUCCAGGAAGUGAAUAUAAUGCCGAAGACGAAGAGCUGGAGGAGGAAGCGUCCGAUGAAGACUCUGACACUGAGCAGAGUGACAAAGAUAAUGAUGCAGAAGAGGAGCCUGAGGCUGCGGACUCUGUAGGAAGCAUCCACGGAGGGCUAGCUCCCGUAAUCAUACAGAACAGCAAUAAGAAAAUCCUGCAGUGUCCCAAAUGUGAUAAGACAUUUGACCGGAUAGGGAAAUAUGAGAGCCACACCCGUGUGCACACAGGUGAGAAGCCUUUUGAGUGUGAUAUUUGUCACCAGCGUUAUUCGACAAAGUCUAACUUAACUGUUCACAGAAAGAAGCACAGUAACGAGGUAGAGUUUCAUAAGAAGGAGCACAAGUGCCCUUACUGUAAUAAGCUGCACGCAAGCAAGAAGACACUAGCCAAACACGUCAAGAGAUUUCAUCCUGAAAAUGCACAAGAAUUUAUUUCCAUCAAGAAGACUAAGAGUGAAAGUUGGAAAUGUGAUAUUUGUAAGAAGUCUUUUACUCGAAGACCACACUUGGAAGAGCACAUGAUUCUGCAUUCACAAGAUAAACCUUUUAAAUGUACAUAUUGUGAAGAACAUUUCAAAUCCCGGUUUGCACGAUUAAAGCAUCAAGAGAAGUUCCAUCUAGGACCCUUUCCAUGUGAUAUAUGUGGUCGUCAAUUCAAUGACACUGGAAAUUUAAAACGUCAUAUAGAAUGUACUCAUGGUGGAAAGAGAAAAUGGACUUGCUUUAUUUGUGGGAAGUCAGUACGAGAAAGAACUACUUUGAAAGAACAUUUGAGAAUACAUAGUGGAGAAAAGCCACAUCUUUGUAGUAUCUGUGGGCAAAGUUUCCGUCAUGGAAGCUCAUACAGGCUUCACUUACGAGUGCAUCAUGAUGAUAAAAGAUAUGAGUGUGAUGAAUGUGGGAAAACAUUUAUUCGCCAUGAUCACCUUACAAAGCACAAAAAAAUCCAUUCAGGCGAGAAGGCUCAUCAGUGUGAAGAGUGUGGGAAGUGCUUCGGGCGCAGGGAUCACCUCACUGUCCAUUACAAGAGUGUGCAUCUGGGAGAGAAGGUGUGGCAGAAAUAUAAAGCAACAUUUCAUCAAUGUGAUGUUUGUAAGAAGAUUUUUAAAGGAAAAUCCAGUCUGGAAAUGCAUUUUCGGACACAUUCAGGUAAUAUUUAAGGGUACUUGAUGCCGAUCUUUAUGUAGUUAUUAAUAAUGAAACAUCUAGAUGUGUUAUUUUUGACACAUUUGUAUAUACUUUUUUAAAAUUUGUUAAA